UCGGAUCCGUGCCCUAGAGUGCAUUUCGAUGCGUGUCAUGUGACAGACCUCUGUGAGAAAUGCCAACAUGGAACCGUGGCAAGGACGAUGUUCUUCCCAACAAUAACAUUGAAAGGGGCAUCUGGAUUCAUCCUAUUUCGCACAUCCACAAUCUGGACAUUUCAAUCCAUAUUUACACAAGUGUUUACAAAUCGUGGCAACACCUUCAGCCUUCCUCUGAUCUGCACACCAACAAAUGGUCUCCAUAAGUGACAAAGUGGUGGCCACUGCUAAUGAAUCGUUUGCGGACCAUGCCUUGGCCACCUUGCCCUUCGUGGAAGUGGCAGGCAGUGAGAGCAGCGAGAGGGGCAGCUCCAUCUCAUGCUCCAGUCCCGAAACCGGAGAUGCUGGAGCUCAGCUCGACUACAGCCCUGGGUUGGAAGACGAGGACGAUGGGCCGCUGCAGAUCUUUUUCGACUCCACGGAGGAGAUGUUGACUCAGCCGCCCAGGAUGCCUGAUUUUAUACCCCAGCUCUCCAGCACCUUUUCUCCAACCCUGGAGGACAUUGAGGAGUUCUUGUUGGAGAAGAUGGAGCUUUUAAGUGAUGCUCCUCUUAGUCCAGAGGAAAAGGCAAAGGAGGAUGAGCCUCCCAUACAGCCGUCUUCCCCCGUUGACAUAGAGCCGAAAUUCAGCCCGAUGACAAUGUCUCCUAACGCUCAGAGUGUUAACACCACGGCUAGUGCUACGCCGUUGCUCAUUGGUGCUCCAUUUGUGUUUCAAUUGCAACCUCUCCAGCUAAGCCACACCCUCCCACAGCCAGACACCCAAUCGGGUGUGGCCAGUGGGCUUCAGGUGGCCCAUCUGGUGCUUGGUGUCCAAGGGGCACAGAACAUUACCCUCCUUUCACCGCAGGUGCCCUCAGCAACUCUCCUCCCCAUUGUUGGUGAGGCCGUCAACCAAGACCAAAAGUAUGUGAAGAUCGCUCCCUUGCCUAUUGCCAUCAGGGCGGUCGGAAUAGCGGGCACAGGCCUGGUCAAAGCCAUCACACCACGUCCAUCCAGGUCCUCCACGGAAACCUUGCGGGUACAUAAAUGCUCUCACCCUGGGUGUGAGAAGAUGUACACCAAGAGCAGCCACCUGAAGGCUCAUUUCCGCAGACACACAGGAGAGAAACCCUACCUGUGCAGCUGGCCAGACUGUGGCUGGAGGUUCUCUCGCUCUGAUGAGCUGUCCCGCCAUCGGCGCUCUCACUCGGGAGUCAAGCCUUAUGAGUGCACAAUGUGUGACAAAAAGUUCGCCAGGAGUGACCACCUGUCCAAACACACUAAGGUGCACCGGGGUCCUCGUGCCGGCAGACUGGUCAGGGCAAACGUCUGAUCGCCGCAUAAACCUGGAGUGUGAUUCCUGGAGUCUGAGAGGGAAAGCUAUGAUACCUACAGUAUACAGGCUCACAGCCCGUAACCUUCCGCCUUCAUUCUUGUCUCGGUUUCUUCCCCCACUUUUUUAUCGUUUAUCUUGGUGCUACAGUCAGCUAACUUGAAACUCAGGGAUGUGAUUGUUAAGCUCAAAGCAGAUUUCUGGCUUUUUGGUGGGCUGAAGUAAAGCUCACAGUCGAUUUCAUCACGUUUCGUCCUUCGCUGGUGUCGAGCUACAGGUUGAGCUGCAACAGAUUUCCAGAUCUGUAUUUAUUGCCUUUAAACAGAGGUUGCAGGAAGUCUGGUGAUCUAAAGGGCGAUACACAGGCUAAUUUGAAGAAAUGCGUUUCUUGUACAGUUUGUGAAGAUUGUGUUAAAGAUCUAACCAGGUGAAAACAUAAAAGGACCAGAGUGUUAAAACCAGAUUGAAGAAGAAUUUCCCUUAAAUUAAGACGAAAUGCACUAUAAUUUAGGCUAUGCUCAUCAAGCAUGGGCUCUGUCAGGGUGAAUCUCAAGAAAAAUGCUAUAGAAAUGCAAUAUUUAGUCCCACAAAAUGCAAUAAAAAAAUAAUGUUUUACUUGUAUGUUGCAUAAAGAAUAGUUCUUAUGACAGUUAAGUAUAUUUAAAACUAUAAAAUGUCAGUAACCAUAUAAACAUGCAAAAAGCAGCAUAUUUUCAUCAGUGUAAUGUAAAAACAUCUCAUGACCCUAUUGUAAAAAAAAUAAAAUAAAUCAAAAACCAUAUUGCUCAGCAAAAUAUAUUUAAAUGAUAUAGUACUAUUGUUAGUGUACAUUAUGGUAAUAUUAGUUGUUCAAAUUAAUUGAGACUUUUUUAUCUUUAUCUUACAGUCAUGCGAAUCAGAUUGUUCUUUGCAGAGAAAUUGGGGUGGACAAAUGCACUUAAUUGACAUUAAAAUAAUGUCACAAUAUGAAAGAAGUCAUUUUAUUUCAUUCAAAUAAUUUUAUUUGACAUUUCUCGUGAGAUUCACCUUAUUAAAGUACUCUGCUGGAGUACAGCGCUUUUAAAAUGAAUUAUUACAGAAUGCAAAAUUAGGUCUGAUGCAGUUAUUUGUGACAUGUCACAGUGUUUUAGAAUAUAUUUUACUUUUUUAUGUUAUGUUUUAUGCAAACAUUUUAGUCCCCGCCCCUUCCUUUUCGUGCAAACCCAAUCGCGUUGAAAUACCUGUAAUUUUCAUGGCCCAAUCACAUCCCUGCGCCAGCUGAAGGCUAAUUAUGCAUCAAGUUGCUCUCCACAUUUUUUUUUUCUCGUGCCUCAUCUCUCUCAGUCUAUUGAGAGCGAAUGCCAAACCAGGGGUCCCGUGUCUGUAUGGGGCCGUGGAUAACAUCACUACAUGUAUGGAUGAACUUUUGUACUGUAAAACAUAUAAGCUAGAAACAAUUUUCUCUUCGAUCAGUAAUCACACAAAGAGAAUUGUUUCCUUUAUGUUGUCGUAAUGUGCUUUUUGCAUUAGAUCAAUGCAUUUUUUCUACUUAGUGCCGUGUCACGGUUGAUAAGCUAAAUCGCUGAGGACAGGUGUUACUGUCCAUAAAAAACUGGCAGCUGAUCGCUUCCUGUCGAAAUGAAGCUAUCUGGACAUCAUUUUACCGAUACGUCAUUGAAGGCUUCAACUCUCAUUAAUUGGGACUGUGCUUAAGUUUCUUUUCAAAAAGGGUCAUGUUAAUCUACCACAUGGAGUGAAUUUCCUUGACAUCAUCUAGCCUUUUUACUUCUGGUCUUAAGUACUUUAUGCAUUAUUUUUGUUCCCUCUACUUAGUAGCUCAUGUAGGCUUUCUUGAACUAUCAGGUGCUCGCUUAGUAUCUGGACUUAUCAAUACUCUAAACUUUGUAGCAGUUUCUGAAUGAUCACGUAGGUACUUCUUUUUUAAUAUCACAUCGAGAGCAUCCUGAUUUACAGUGUUUCCACUAGUACUGUCAUGUAAGAUCUUCAGUUUCUUGUUCUCUCUCUCUCUUUUUUUUUUUGAAGGGAGAUGUCUGUUUUGGGGAAUUAUAACAUUAUUUUCCCUUGCAAGGGCUCAUCCUUGAUUUUUCUGCCGCCACCUUCAACCCAAUAAAGGCGUUAAAUUAUUUCCUUUAUCUACAACAUCA